UAGCGGUCGAGCGCUCGUGCGACUCCCGACGGGCUGAUUUUUUUCUUCCUCUUCUGUUGUUAUUCUUCUUUUUUGUUUUUGGCUUAAUAGCCGUAGCGCUAAUCGGUGAGCGCGUGCGCGUCUAGCAAAGUGCCGUCUAUAGAGUGACACACGGUCAGGUCGGAGCGGCGCGCAUCAUCACCGGAGCAGUUUCACGGAGAAGGCGGCGAUAGGGUCGACGGUAGGGUCCCUCAUUUUUAUUUCUCUCUUUUGCCGGUACGCGGGUGGAGAGAGCCGCCGCUUCUAAGGAGAGCCUCCAGGAUGCCGAGCAAGCGGAAGGACGUGGUUGCUACGUCGAAGAACGGCUUCGGAGUGGACGGCGACGCGGAGUUAAGGACCGGAUGGAGGAACCUGCUGGCGUUCUGGGUCCUCGGGCUCUGCAACAAUUACGGCUACGUGGUGAUGCUGAGCGCGGCCCACGACAUACUGAGCGAGGAGAUCUCGGACGAAUCAUGUGCUGCGGUAAACGAAACCAUUCGAACAUGUAAUACCGUAUCCACUGGAGCUAUUUUAUUGGCUGAUAUUCUGCCGAGCGUCAUAAUUAAACUUACAGCUCCAUUUUUGCCGUUUUUUGUUCACUUACGGAUGGCUACGUGUGUGUUGUUUUCAGCUGCGGGCUUCUUGCUGGUCUCGCUGAGCAAUACAAAAUGGCUUGCGAUCAUGGGUGUCGUCGUUACAUCUCUGUCAUCGGGUCUGGGCGAGGUGACGUUACUUAGCUACAGUCAUCGAUACACCAAGAAUGUGAUUUCCACGUGGUCAUCGGGUACCGGUGGUGCGGGUAUAAUCGGUGCCCUUUCCUACGCGGGUCUGCGUUUCUUCCUCAGCUCAGCCGAUGCACUCCUAUUGAUGCUGGUGGUGCCGGUAAUUCAGGCGCUGGUCUUCUGGUUAGUGAUGACGCACCCCGAGCCGACACUUACCCUCGUUACCGACAACGGCGGUGUCGGCAGUCAAGAACAAAUUAUCGAGGCUCCAAAGAUGACGUUAGGUCAGAAGCUCAGACUCGUGCCCAAGUUAUCGAAGUAUAUGGUGCCACUGGGACUCGUAUAUCUCUUCGAGUAUUUCAUCAAUCAGGGACUGUACGAGUUAAUAGAAUUUCGUGAGAUUUCAUUGACUCACUGCGACCAAUAUCGUUGGCUACAAGUCGAUUAUCAAAUCGGAGUUUUCAUAUCUCGUUCGUCCGUUAAUUUCAUAUCGAUAAAAAAAAUUUGGAUUAUGUCUGUAUUGCAGCUUCUAAACGUUAUACUUUUGACCUUCGAGACAAUUUACUAUUAUAUUCCGAAUAUUUGGAUUGUGUUUGGCCUCGUAUUGUGGGAGGGUCUACUAGGCGGAGCUGCCUACGUCAAUACAUUUUAUAGGAUGACAAAAGAAAUUCCCUGGGAGCAGCGCGAGGCAUCGCUGGGCAUCGCCUCGAUGGCGGACUCGAUCGGCAUCGCCCUGGCUGGCUGGGCCUCGAUGCCCGUUCACAACGCCAUCUGCCAGCUCCCACUGCCCAAGCGGCUGGGCAGUUGAGAAACCCGGGGCCGGACUCCCCCUCCAUCCUUGUCCGUCGAUUGGACGACG